CCCAGCCCGGGGCUCUCCGCCGCUCUGCGGGAGGGGUAGAGAGGGAGUUCGGGCUGGCUGAGAGCGGACUCGUCGGAAACCUCCCCGGAGGGGCCCCGUGUAAUUCGAUGCAUGCUGUUAAAGCUUAGACUAUAUUGUCUUCCCUUUGCUUAUGAAGCCUCCACCCACCGGCCCACCCUACAUUUAGCGGAUCAUGUGACUCGGGGCAGCCUAAGAAACAGGAUGUUAAUGCUUGACGGAAUGCCUGCAGUCCGAGUCAAAGCUGAGCCCCUGGAAUCGGAACAAGGGUCACCUAAAGUGCGCCCUUACUCUGCGAUGGACGGCGUCCCCUUCUUCCUCAGCAGAGUUAAACCCGAACCUCCAGAAGACCUGCUUGCUCACGACCUGCACUUCCACACACAGACCGAGCCUGUCGACCUGUCAAUCAACAAAGCCCGCCCCUCAUCUUCAUCCACCACCCUCACCAUCACCUCAUCAUCUUCUCCCCUGAGAUCGGCUUUCUCGCCAUCUUCUUUAUCGUCAUCAUCCUCUUCCUCCUCUUCUCCAUCGGUCAUCACCUCAGCCUCCUCGGUGCUCACGCCAGGCCCUCUGGUUGCCCCCGGAACUGGGAUGAGAGGUCAGCCGUAUUUGCACAUCCUGCACUCUGUGCCGCCGCCUCCGUCCAGCCCUCUGAGCCUGCAGGGAGCAGGGAAGCUGGCCAGCCAUGUUCACCGAAUCCCAGUUGUGGUACAGUCACUGCCCCUCAUGUACACCACUGCCGUGCGAUCACCCUCCAGCCUCAACAACGCCCUCAUGCUACCUCUGCUGGAUGAGGCCAAAAGCCAGGGCAAAGCACAUACAGACCCCAACGGCCUGUCGCCAAGGCAGAUCAAAAGUGACAGUGAUGACGACGACCUGCCAAACGUGACCUUGGACAGUGUUAAUGAGACCGGCUCCACGGCGCUGUCUAUAGCCCGCGCUGUACAAGAUUCCAUGUCCCCAUUCAGUAUUGACAGCAUACGACGCCCCCGGAGGUCAGAGUCACCAGAUUCCAAAAAGAGAAGAAUCCACAGAUGUGACUUUGAGGGCUGCAAUAAGGUGUACACCAAAAGCUCCCAUUUAAAAGCACAUCGGAGGACACAUACAGGGGAAAAGCCAUACAAAUGCACCUGGGACGGCUGCACGUGGAAGUUUGCCCGCUCUGACGAGCUGACGAGGCAUUACAGAAAACACACGGGGGUCAAGCCCUUCAAGUGUGCAGACUGUGACCGCAGCUUCUCCAGAUCUGACCACUUGGCCCUGCACCGACGGAGACACAUGCUGGUGUGAAUCAGACAGAUAGAAAUAAAGAGAGAGAGAGAGAGAUCAAUGGAAACAGACACACACACACACACAUAUACACACAGGCAGCCGGGGGAGCAGGAUCUCCCUAUGAAUGUUAUUCAGCUGGCCUGGACGCACACACGCUCAUAUACCCACACAAACACACACACACACACACGUACACACACACUGUCAUCCGUCGUAAGAAGAGAUGAUGGAGAGGUGCACAGAGCUUGUGGAGCACAAAACAGGGUCUCUUCUGGAUCCUCUUUGGCUUGUAAGGAAUAGACGGCAGGAUCUUUUAUCGUCAUUGUUUGGAGUAUAAUAGGGAACUGUCUUAUACAGCACUGUUCGUAAAUGUUUCACUUAGAUUUUUAAGAUGAACUCGCACUCUUUAUUCGGACAAAAAAAAAUGCAAUCGCAACUGUCUCUUUUUUUGGUAUCUUUCUUUUCAUUGUUGUUCAAAUGGCUGCUUUUCCAGCACUCAUAAUGUGAAAGACCCCAUUGUACGGAAUGGAUUUCCUGUGUGAGCUCUAAAGAAGCAGAGAGAAGUCAGGCCUGGACUGGAUCACAGGAAAAAGGAUUUGGGCCUACAGGAGUUGGAGCCACAGGCAGUAUUGUUGCGCCAUGCCUCCCUGUGAGUCAGAUUUGUGACCAACAGAGGACGCCAUUUCAUCACAGAUGGUUCCUUUUGCCUGCUGGAGCCUGCUGUCGUGUUCGAGGCAUCCCAUAUAGAAGCUGAAAGAGGGCUGGACUUUCACUCAUCCCAUAGCCAGCAAACCAUAAACGACAUUGAAUCAAAUAGCCACAACCUGAAUGGAUCAACCUCAUCAACACAUCCUCUGUUUCUGUAUUCAUUGCUUUAUUUCAAACAAUGAAAACAUGCAUAUCAUCACACCAGCAAAGAGACACACCAUUUCCGACCCACCCACAGGGCCGGAUUACCCCAAAUCUCAUCAGUGCUACUCUUUAUGUUGAGCCUCUUGAAAGCAUUUUCUUUAAAAAAAAAAUCUUUGGUGGAUUUUGUGCUGUGAUUAGCAAUCAGUAAAGUGCAAUCUUAAAGGAUAAAUAUACUUUCAACGUUUUGUUUGUUGAAUCUUGCUUUUUUUUUUUAAAUGCCUGCUUUGCUUAUGUUUGACUCAGAAAAAUACAACCCCUCAUGUACAGUGAACUUUGAAAUAAUCAGAGGAGAUUUCCAGUAUGUGAAAAAAAACAAAAAAAAAACAAAAAAAAAAAAACAGAGGCACCUUACAGACUCUUUCAUUCUGUCCCGAUCGAUCAGUUUUAUUAUUCAGAUCUGUUUUCUCAGCUGGUUUUGACAGUGAAAAGAAUUUGUGUUGUGGUUUUGCACGGCAGCACUUGAUCAUAAGCUGACCUUGACACCGGCUGCAGUGUUACAGGGAUAGUGUGGUAUCUGAUGUACAAUAUACAGAAGAGCAAUACAUUCUGAACAAAGUGAUGAGAAGGAAAUGCCGGACCUUCUCUUUGUUCUGUUUGUUGAUGUCAAUAUCCAAGGAGAAGCGUCCAGCUGGGCCGCCUCCUCAGUCUGUACACAUGACUCCCUCUGUUACUGACUGGUUUGUAGCUCCAGCACAAGGCUCUAAUUUGAUUUAUGUCUCCUGUUUCGCACCUGCAAGCAGCCCAGCCGCAGUUAACGAGUUACUCCAAAUCAUUUUAUUUUAUUUUGUCCCAAAUACAGACAGUCACUUGAGAUGUUCUCACCUCAGACCAGAUAUAUGUUAAGAUUGUUACCUGAGAUUUGGUUAUAUAAAAAAAAUGCUGAAAAACGGAGGAAUGACACACAUGCAUACAAACACUGUACAUAAAUAAACACUUACACGUACAUACACAUUACAGUGAGUCUACAUUUUAGAAGAUGCAGUUAUUGGCAGACAGAAAUAUCUUAUCUCAUAAAGAGCAUCACAAAACAUUAAUGAAAGUAAUUCAAUUAAUUAUCUUUAUUUUUUAUAGUCAUAUUAGACAUUUUUGCAAGUAUUUCCUGCGCUCUUCAUACCGUAUAAGAGCUGCAGACAUAAACUCAGAGUAUCAAAGCCAACCCAUAUUAUUUGAUAGUGCUGCUAAAUGCAUUUAUUGGAUCGAAGCCAGUAAAAGGAAAUAUAACCUUUUUGAUAAUAGCACCUUGAAAACACACACACACACACACACACACACACACACACACACUCUCACAUACAACAUCCUCACUUUCAGUAACCAAAUCCAGGAAGUCAUUUCCACACAUGCGCCCAAUCUAUGUGACACCCCUUCGAUGUAAUGGAAAAUGGUAACAUAUGUUAUCAUUAUUUAUGUAUAUUGUUUGUGCACAUGUGAUUAUGCCCAGUUGUAUUAUCAUUUUGGCAAAAGCAUAUCAGCACCUUGUUUGUUUAUUAGUAUGAUUUUCAAAUUAUUUUUAUUUCAGAUGUCAAUUUAUAAACGAAUAAUCAUCAUCAUAUUUUAUCAUCCAUAUAAUGUAUAUAACAUUUUAUGAUUGAGGGGCACUUCGUCAUUGCAUAUAACUCUUUUUUUUUCUGUAAAAAGGAUCUUUUGAAAUGUUGUAAUAUAUGUGAUAGUGAAGAUUUAAGACAAACUUAUUACAAAGAUCUACAGCCUGUAUAUACAUUGGAAAAAUAGGGCUUUUGAUUAGUAGAUGCAGGAAAUACAUUUAUACAUGUAAAGUCUUUUUCAGAGACUGUAAUUUAUCUAAUUUGAUAUACAGUGAAAUGGGGCUAAUGGUAUUCAUCAUGUAAAUGAUCAUAGUAUGUGAUGUUAUAUAACAGUUUUUUUUUCUUGGUUUGUGGUUAACUAAGUUCAUGAUCAAAUCAUUUUUAUUCCCAAGGCUGAACCAGUGUUUGCUAUAAUCAACAAAUUAUUUAUAUACAUUAAGCGUAUCAAGGUACUCGAUUCCCUGCGUUGCUAUUUUGCUAUACCCAGACAAGAAAUUAUAUUGAUCAAGCACAUAUCAACAACACGUGUACUCUCGUAUUCAGUAUAUGACUUUGCAUGCCUUAAUCCAACAGUUUUUGAAAAGAUUCAAUUAGACUUGAAUUUUGAUGGUGUCUCGACAAGACAGGGUGUAUUGUAUUUCCCUUCAGCAUCUCUUUACGCAUUUUAAAGCAUAAUUUUGUAACGGUAACCAGGGUCAAAGUUAUGCAAUAAUAAUAAAUAGUGCCUCAUAUCACAAACUUGUAACAUCAACUGCUCUGUGCAGAGUUUUCGAUUUCAACAUGUGUGCUCAAAUUAAUAAAUUUCAAAUGAGGAACCAUGAAUUCUGGAAAAAGCACAGACAACAAUAUGCAAGUCGGACCUCUAAUGUUGAACUUUUCUUUUCGCACUGAGCCUUAUGCCAUUUUGUCAAAUGCAGCAUCCUCCCGUAACACGUUCACAGGCUGUUUAUAGCACGCAUUAUUACUUUGCUUGCAAUAAGUCACUUCCUCUAAGGGGAACAAAACUGAGUUACAAAGGCCUUUGGAUGUUUCAUCACAUUAAUUCAACAUAGUGAUUCCGUGGAAGAUAAUGAGGAGACUUACUCACAGGAAAAUCCUGUGGCUGUAGAGUGAUGCCUUUGUUAAUGAAUACUGAUCUUACACUUCUCUAUCAGUUCAAUAGCUGUUUUGCUUUCUGUGUAACAUCUGCUUUUGAUUUCCUGGUUUUGAAAAUUUUUGAGUAGUGAAGCCAAUGCCUAUGUUUCAAGUUUGCUGAUAUUACGUACAGUAAUCGUUGUUCCUGUAUUUAUGUAAAGUGAGUGUAGUGUAAAUAUAUUAAAAAUCUUUUCAUUCUUACCGUUUAAAAAAAAUGUGAUAUUGCUCAGCAUCGCUUCAAAAGGGAGAUUCUGCUCAUGGAAUUCCACAUCUGUAAAAGAAAAAUUUUUAAUCCUGAUAUUUUUCAAAACUUCAAGAACAGGUGUCCUUUUUUUCUGUUACGCUUUUCUUUUCUCCAAGAGUUGUUUAAGUAUCCAGUCAGUGUUUUGCCUUUUUCUCUGUAUUUUUCAUAUGGAUGGAGCUGUGAAAUUAAAAUAAGUUCAAACAUAUACAUGUAUAUUAAUAUGAAUGGAGGCAUGAAGGUUAAUAAAAUUGCAUUUUGUAUGUAA